AAACGGAAAUAUUUGCCUAGAAGAAUUCCGUAUGCUUCAAAUGGUAGUUUAAUCCUUACAUAAUAACAAACAAGGAAGCACAUUUGAUCAAUGGAAAUCCAGCAUUGUCAAAGGAUUCAAACUCUCGUAAAUCUUCCCAAACCAAACCACAUUUACAAGAACGUUUUGGUAAAGAAAUAUCGCAGUCAUUGCCUCGUUCAUUCCUCCCCGUUGAGCAAAUGCAUUUCAGGAAUUACUGCCUUGAUUUUCCAGGAAAAUUCUCAUGUGCAAUUGAUUGUUUCAUGGAGUUAAGCUGUUACAUUUUUAAAGAUGCUAUUGAGUCUGUGGAACGUAAUGAAUUUUUUGAAAUGUUAUACACAGCAUGUGUGCAACUAAAUAGUGGUGAAAUCCUUUCCAACCAGUUACAUUCAGUCCGAGAACCCAUUUGGGCCUGGAUGAGACCGCACUGUUCCUCUUUUACAGGUAUGUCAGAUAAUGCUGUAUUUAGGACGUAUUCCAAAUCAAUACAUUUGGAAAAUUAACGUUUGGUUUAAAAUCAUUAUUUCUUAUUCAACAUACCAAUCAUUCCAUUUGUUCAGAGUGUAACCAGGAAAUCACCAAAUCCACAGAUGUUUUUGUCUUGUAUAUUACCUAUCGCCAUAUAAAUCAGAAUGGUUUUGAAAGUUCUGUAUCAGAAGCUAUGCUGCCAAAAAUCAAUAGACUUUUUUGUGUUUACUGCCAAAAUUAUUCUGGAAGUGUUGCUUCACUUCGACACUUUGUGUGCCUGCCAACCUUUUUAAUGAUAGAAUUGUCACCUGAUUGUAUAACUGAAAUGUUUUUUCCACAUGAUAUGGAAACCUGAGGAGUUUCAUACUGCCUCAAAGGAAUUGUUAGGUGUUUAAAUAGACAUUUUACUGUUACCUUAAAAAGUGAGAGCGGUUGCAUCUGUAUUGAUGAUUUGUGUGUUUCUGUAAGGCGUUUGUUAUCCUUUCAAGAAGUAUUGUAUAGUUAUCCGGAUGGCUGGUUUUUUGCCAUCUUUCAAAAGUCUGAGUCUGUAGACAUCAAUUUACAUGAAUCUGCAAAUCAGGUUUCCACUUGUCUAAAAAUAUUAUAACUUUCUGAGGUGAUUCUCACUGUGGUGCUUAUUUUAUGUGUAACUGAAAGAUGGGCUUAUUUGUAAACUGAGUUGCUAACACGUUAUUGUUACUUUAAAAAAUUACAGUUGAUGAUGUCAGCAAGAAAGCAGUCAAGGGGUAAGUUGUAAAAUUUUAUUCAAGUUGAUGUUCUCUAUGAAAGAGCUUGUAUGUUUGAUAUGAUGGGAAAGUGGGGGCAAAGAUGGAAAACCUUUUUUUUAGCUCAAGACACUUGACAAAUGUUCAAGCAAAAUAGUAUGUGUUAUUGUGUUAACUAUAAUGAUGAUAAUAGGGUUAUUGUUGCUGUCACUGUAAGUGCAUUGAUGAUCAUGCAUCCUGAAUUUGUUUGCUUUUCUUUCGUUUAGUAAACAAGUAUGGGUACAUCCAAAAAAUAUCCCCCGUCAAGACCGCUGCAAGGUCCAGACAUGAUUGGUUUGACUUUCACCUGCAAGUUUCACCGACUAAAGUGCAAAGAGUAGUUGGAUUUGACAAAACAAAACAUCCCAAGAUCAAGCACGUCCAAGAAACCAAGUCUCCCGUAUUGUUAAAGAACCUUCUUAUACCAGAUGAUGAAGACAACGACUGGCUUUUCAACCAUCAAUCCUAUGUUUCGCAGUGUGCAAAUGCUGAUGUACCAUUCUCCUAUGUACCAAAUUUUGUCAAGUCAGAACGUUCCGAAUCAUCAUCACAGGAAGCGUCUGAUGUCUCUUUACGAGAACUGAAAGAAAUGGCGCCCAAUCAGAAAGUCAACUUCCAUGCAACUCUGUCAAUGGGAGCCCAGGAACCAAACAAGAUAGAAACCAAAUCCAGUCAAGCUUUAUCUGUCAAAGAAGACUGCAUAUUGGAAGACGAAACGGGCACAAUGGAACUCCACAUAUGGGAACCGUUAUUUACACAACUGAAAAGCAACAAGGCCUAUUACUUUCAAAACCUCACACUACGGUAUUAUCAAGGAUCAAAAUUCCUUAGCACCAACAGGAAUACACCUUACAUUGAGGAAACCACAACUCUCAAAAAAUUAGUGGGCCCAGAAAUAUUGACAAAUCCAGAAAGAGAGAUCAUUGCAAGUCAACUAAAAUAUGUUGCCAGUUUAAGCAUUUUUAGUGCAUGACAACUUUGCAAAAAACGAAUUGGGGAUGAGUCGGGCGAGUCAGUGAGAUGCCAAAACUGCAAAGUGCGACAAAGGAUCAUCAACUGCAGGCGGGAAGGCUCUAUCAAGCUGUGUAUUCAACACAAUGAAUCGGAAUUGUGGCUCACUGCAUUUACAAAUGAAAUCGAAAACCUCCUGAAGAAUACAACAGCAAGUAUGAGCAGCACCAUAGAUGAAAUAGAAGACGCCCUUAUGAGCCUAAAGGAUGUCAAAUUGAAAUACAACGCCCAACGGAACAUUGUCAAAGAAGUACUAAACUUGUAAUUUCCACAGGAAGUACUGUGGUACUAAACAAAUCAACCAUUUUGUGGAUAAAGUUAAAGAAUUUCAAAAAAAUGACAUGUGAACUCUAGUGACACAAAGUGGAAAAGAAACUGUUAUUUAAGUUCGUGAACAGACCAAUACAAUCAAAGCGUUCAUAGUUUUGUUACCUACAUUUUUUUCUAUCUAUAAGAACGUUAUAAAACUUUGAUAUUUAUUACUGAGACGUGCUACGAAUUUAAAAAAAUUCGUUUGUACAAAUUCAAUUGUUGUAUUUGUUGUUUCAUACCAUGAAAGAAAACAACCAUAUAGGCACUUAAUACAUUGAUUUCAAUAAUUUCAAACAAAGCACUGCUAAAGAACAGUAAGAACAAAUAUAAAAUGCUUUCGAUCUGAUCAAUGUACGUUCUGUCUGAAUCAAGAAGCAACCACGCGUUGGAAAUCAAUUACCACAUGUCCCAGCUUUCAAAGAUAAAGGAUACUAAAAAAUAUCUUAAGCGGCACCCGACAAACUAUCAAAGAGUUCUCCAAAGCAUACUUUCUUGCGAGGAACGAGAAAGGAACAGAAGCAAAAAACGGCAUGAUGCGUCUUCUGUCAUUAGGACAUGAUCGUUUCGAAUAUAACCAAACACCAAGGUGUGAUAAAUCAUUGACUCCGUGGGCAAAUAGAUGAAAAAUUUCCCUUAAUCUUUUCUUCAAUAUGAAUCCUCUUGGUGCUUAUUUCAUCAAUCAGUCCCACGCUCCGUAAACGCGUCGUUCUGUGGAAAAAAAUACGUCUGCAGUUCCCAGGCUAGAAAAAGGGUGGCUGUACACAGGCUCAGUAUAGCCUGCGAGAGCAUCCGGUUUUUUCGGCUCUAGUUUGUUGGUUCGACAUAAGAAUACACAAUAGACAAAGCCCGAAAUACGCGAAAGCGCGAAAUUGAGUGAGCGGUUUUUACUGAGACAGCCUCUUAAGAGAGGUGUAACGAGCUCAAACAUUCUCUUGUUAAAAGGUAAUCUGGAUUCCGGAUUCCAGAUUACCUUACAUGGGUGGGGUGGAGGGGGGAAACUAAGAAGCAAGGAAGGGCGGUAAAACCUGUCAAAAAUUUUUAAUCUUUUUAAUUUCUCCGCCUGCAGAGUCCUUGUGAAAGCUCUCCAUGUAAAAAUAACGGAAGAUGUGUGUCACUAUACAAGAAAAACAGUUAUGUGUGCCUCUGCCGUGAUGGGUUCUUUGGAAUUUACUGUGAACAAGGUAAAUAAUUACGACAAAACACAUUUAAGCUGCCGCAGUAAUUCGUUAAACCAGAGAUGCAGAGAUCUCUUAGUCACUCAGUAUUCAGUCAUCCCUUGUUUAUAGGCGAAGUUACUCAAUUUCAAUUCCAUACGAAACGUUUGACGGUCGAUGAUAUGGGUUGGCACAUAGUUGGUACAACGCCUUUAAUAAAACAUUCAGUAUAGUUAUACCUUUAUUCGAUGGUCAGAAAUAGUUGUUUUUUCUCCCACAUAGGUCACAAAGACGUGAAGAAUUUUCCAAAUGGCAUGAAACUUGGCAGGAUUGUUGCUUGAGAGAUUCUACAUUUUUUGGUGGCAGUUUGACAGUCUUAGUGGACAUUGUGACGUCACAAAUAGUUUCCAAAUUUUGUGCCAAAAUUUAGAAUUAAGAAAAUCGUCAGAAAAACCACAUAGAGGUGUUCUGUGAUCAGAGUGAAGCUUUCCAGUGAAAACCCCGUUAAAAUCCAUUAAAACGGGACAAAGUUACAAGCUAUUUUGUGACUGACAAUAAAAGAAGGAAUUUAAAGAAUUUAAUUGUUUUAUUACCUUACAUGGUAAAACUUUAGGGAGGUUUCCAGUUCAAGACAAUAAAUGGAAGUUAAAAGAAAAAUAGCGGAUAACACACUGGAGAAAAUUUGUAGUUUUUUGAAUUUGGAACUCUAUAGGUAUUUUCACUUGUGACGUCAUCAACACCUAAAUAUGACUUCAACAUGGUAUGAAAUGACGUAACACGCAACCUGACACCCCAUGUCCCAAAUUUUAAAAAACUACAAAUUUGCUUUUAUGCAUGGUUCGCUUAGUUUCCUUACUGUUUCAUUUAAUAAGAUGGAGUUUAAAUACCCCUAAAGUUUGACUAUAUAUGGUUAAUUCCAUACAUUUGGCGGGAAAUUUGAGUUUCUUUAAUCUGCUCCAACUUUGCAACAAUUUAACGGAUUUAAGUGGGGUUUUCACCAGAAAGCUCCGGUUGUUUUAUAGAUUUUAUUUAUAAAGUUAUUCAAGUGAAAUAAUCAAUUCCAAAUUUUAGCGCCAUGUUUCAACGUCACUUAUGACGUCAUGCUGUCAAUCAAAAGUAUAAAACUACCAUCAAUACAUGUGGACUUUCUUUUACUAUGUCCCUGCCAAGUUUCGUCUCAUUCGGAAUAUUUCAUAAUCAUCUAUGUGUCUCUAAUGAGCCAUGUGGGAGGAAAAACACCUAUUUCUGACCAUCGUGUUAAGCCGUCAUGUAUGCAUUUUCUUCUGAAGAGGUCAUAAGGAUCAAUGAAGGGGCAUCUGGGCUCUUUCACUUUCUCUUUUUGGGCCCGGUGUCCCGGAUAUCAUAGUUCAUCCUACCACAAACGACACCUUGUUACAAACGAAGACGUAUAUAUUUUUGGGUUCCUUAGUCUUUUAUACACUAUUAUCUGCAGAAAUGCUUCAACCGUAAAGUGUUUAUUUUUUGGCACUAAAACGCAAAGGGCGGCUAUUCGCAGCAACUCACUUUACUACUAUGCACUGGGGAGUGAAAUAAGCUACAAAACGCAUUUAUAACAUUGCCAGUGGAUUGGUAGCUUAAUUCUGUUUUUAAAAUGAAUACAGACUAUGUAUAUGGAUGUUUGAAGUAGGAGUUGAGUUAAAUUUUUUCAUAUAUAUAGUCAUCAAUGACUGUUCAGACGCCCCCCAAACAUCUGGAGUAUACAUUAUUCUGAAUCAUGGUUUAGAAGCAUUUCCUGUAUACUGCGACCAGACAAACGAUGAUGGAGGUAUGCUGUAACAAACGUGGUACUGGUUAAGUUUAUAUCUCAUCUGAUAACUGUUAAGUUAAGAUACACACUAGGAUGAGAAAGAAAAAAGUAUAAAGCAUGUUCGUUCCUUUUUACGAACACUUAAAUCACUACUCAGUUACAUUUUACCACGUAGUCUAUUGUAAAUGAUUGCUUUAAGGUUACUCUAAAACACGUUUUUAAAGGGAACCUCCACUCUUACUACAGAAUAAGUUUAAAUCGAAUAAAAUUAUGUUGAUAAACAAAUUUGUUCGAAAUUUGUCCUUAAAAAAGUGUUUAUAUCAGGAAAAGUGAAUUUUAAAAUCGCUUAUUUUCACUUUCAAAUUUCGCGGACGCCGCCAUCUUGAAUAAUUGUGACGUGUUAUGGUUGCUCUAUUGUUCUGAGACAAAGAGCUUUUGUUUAAUAACAAUAGGGCAACCGUAACACGUCACAAUUAUUCAAGAUGGCGACGCCCGCAAAAUUUGAAAACAAAAAUAGGCGAAUCUAAAAGUUAUUUCUUUCGGAUACAAACGCUUUUUUAAAAAAUAUUUUAGAUUGACUUGACUGUAACAGUUAUUUCCUGUGAUUUAAAGUUAUCUUUUUGUUGAAGUGGAGGUUCCCUUUAACUUGAGUCCUUAUGCAUUGGAGGCAACGCUUCUUUGUUGUUACUAGCCUCGGCCACAAGUUGCUCGGCCACUUGUUGGCAAGUUUUGCUAUUUUGAUAUAGGGUCUGUUCAAAACGCGUAACGCUGAAUAUACAUUUUUCCUAGAAUAACAAGAGAAACACAUUGUUAUAAGGAAACCUUAAAUUGUUCAGUUUGCCUCUGUGUAAAAAGGAAUAGUGCUCUGAUUCUGUAAGAAAAAAAAAUUUAUUUUACACAGUUGCUGUGUCACCCACCGUUAGUUUCAUUAUUAAUAGUAUUUCAUUGUGGCUGUCAUUUUGAUUAUUCGGUAACUUCUCGAAACAAUAUUGGUCCGAAAUGCGUAUAGAUUUUUUAAAAUAAAGCUGAGUUAAAGUAUUAAGUGUCAAAAAGUCCACAAAGCGGUAAAAAAUACAAGAAAAGUCACAAGUAAUCUGUUCCGUUUUCUGAAUAUGCAGCGAUUUAACGAAUUAACAAUUUUUAAUCCAACGAUACCCACCUGAGACUGUGUUAGUUUAAGAGUCCAUAGAACUUCUCAGAAGUAUCCUCGGAAAGACCUCCAAAAGGAAAUGAAUGAAGAAUUUGAACUUAUAACUGUAACAAUUUCACUUGCCGCCACGGCAAUGAACGAAAACACAGAAAACAACUGUCGAACUGCCACAGGCAAACCAGCUUUCAGUGCAGUCAUGCAAAGCAUGUCACGUCACGUAAUUCUGCCCCGCGCAUUUGGGAAGGAGGGAAGAGAAUUCCACGCUGUGCGCUAAAACAUUUAUGAAAUAAAAUUAGCUUUGGACUGUUUCAUUUUUGCCCUCGCUUGAGGGCAAAGGUGCCUCUUCCGCCUUGGACUUGAUGAGCAGGCGUUUUUAGGGGAUUCGUAAUUCCUCCCUCCGACAAACGAAAAGUGUGAAUUUUUUUUUUCACCUUUGAUCUCAACAACGUUACCCUCAAUUUCCUGAUUUCCCCUUCGCUUUAUUUACAGACUGGCAUAAAUGACACAUAUCUUGGUUUCAGGUAAGGGAGGAAAUAUGGGAAAAUGUGACUCCCCUGAAAAUGCCACCAAGGGAGGCUAAAUGUUUAGUUGCCUCUUAGGCCAAAUUCGCUUCAGGGAUCCGGAUCAGUCUUGUCAGUGGAACUUGUGGAAGGCAGAAGUGUAAUAACUGGACCCAAGUGUAAUAAAGGUCCAUCCGCAAUAACAUUUGAACCCAAGUGUAAUAAAGGUUUCAUCUGUCACGACUGAGAUAAAAUGAGACAUGUCCAAAACAGCCUAAAUAUGGUUAUCUUAACUUAAAAAGCUGACAUCAUGGUUCAUGUGACCAAACAGAACUAGAAAAAAAAGGAGCGAGAAAAAAUACCAUAGAAUGUAGAAAUGGCUCUCAGUUAAAGUUUUGGCAAAUUUUUGCUACGAAACUUGCUUUUGAAAAAAAUCCAUCGCUCCAGAACAAAUAAAUAUGUCCCAGUGGACUGAUCUGUUGUUAUUUUUUCUCCUCUGUCUUCUUGUCAUUUUCACUAUUUCAAUCACGGCUGAAUUUUAUUGAUAGGAUUUCAUGACUGUCAGUACUUUGCAAGAAUAAGUUCCCGCAAAUAAAAAUUACCGCAAAAAUAUUUCCCGCAAGAAUUUACUCCAGAGGAAAUACUGUAUUCUCUAACUUAAAUUCACUACACAAGAAUACGGUACCAAGAAAUCGUGUCUGUUCAAUUACAACUGGUCUCUUUUUUUCAGAAACAAAUACAGACGUACACUUAGUAUUGCUUGAAAAUAUGUAUUUCUAUUGCACUUACUCAAUAAAAACGAAAAUAUUAUCAAUGCUGGGUACUGGGUACUUUCUGAAAUCGCAAAAAUUAAUCCCCAGCAAGAAAAACCAGUCUGUCCUAAUCGCAAAAAUUAGGUCCCGCAAAACACAAAAAAUCGCCAAUCCGCAAAAAAUAAACUCCCGCAAAAAUUUCGUUCCACAGGGGAUCCGUUGGAAAAAUGAUUGGUCGUUUGAUCAACCAGGGCUAGGUCGUUAUUUUUGGUUCCUUACUUGCGUCAGUUCAGGUUUAUUAGACUACCUUUGUAAUCACCAAUUAUGUUUAUAAUUAUGUACUUUAGUUUUAAACUCAAUUUUGGUAACGACCCCACAGUAUCAGCCCCCGACAAAGGCUUGUGUUGGAAACCGACUAAUAUCGGAAAAAUGAUAUCAUGUAUAUUCUUAAUUUCGUUUGUACUGCAUGGCUUUCUUUUCUCCUUUCGCCGAUCAGUUCCUUCGAUUUUGUCCUUUCAACUUAUCCAAAUCUUUUUUGGAGAUCCGGAUGCGGCCACUAGUUCAUUGGCUUCCGAAGAGCUCAUUCCCUGUUGUUGGCUUUUAGCCGGGAUGUUUCAACACAAGGAGCCACUGAACCACAGGAAUCCGAAUGAUUAGAAAGGCUCGCAACAAAUGUGUCUCUUGUUCCUCUAGGAUAAAGUUAUUCUUUUCUUAAACUAGUUACAAAAGAUACAGUCCAAAGCUAGUUUUAUUUCAUAAAUGUUUUAGCGCACAGCAUGGAAGAAUUUCUUCCCUCCUUCCCAAAUGGGCGGAGUUGUAGAAGUGACUUUUUCAUGACGCCAUAACUAGACUACAAGGAAACUCUGGAAAAAGUAGGCUGAUGGUUUCCAUGAAAAAAAAAAAAAUCAUCAUCAUGAUCAUCAUGAUCAUCAUCAAAUCGGCACGCUUUGGCAUUCCUGCAAGAGAACAAUCAGUUUUAUCAAUGAAAACUUUAUUUUAUGUAAAAAGGGAAAGAAAAAGAGAAACAAUAUAUGUUACUCGGAACAUGUUAUACAAAACAGCUCUUCAAAUGAAGUUUCCUGUUGAUCUUUGUUAAUACAAAUAAGCACACGAAACGUUUCAAAUAACCUUCCUUACAUGUAAUCUCGAAGACGUCAAUUGUUACCAGUAGUAGCACCAAGUCGUGUUAACAGGACCAGGUAAAGGCCACCAUAAGCUAACUAUUUUUAAAAUGUGGUAACUAUCAACGGGAAUGGCUGGGUGUGGCUGGGUAAGUAAGCUGCCACUCAGGUUUGUAUGGUGUCUCUUUCAAAAGGUUGGACAAUGAUAUUUAAAGCUGUCAAAGGUGUAACAGUACCUCUUGUGGGUGACUUGUGGAAUUCCAGUUCCUCGCAAUCAGAGAAUACUAUGGCUGCACUGGACACGACCACAACUCAUCAUGCGCACUACAAGAAUCGCAUUGUACAGGAAUGGGAGACAUUUAAUCCAGCACAGGUAAUUAAUUGGAAGGAAACAGACUGUUUAAAAAGACAACAGCAACAACAACAAAAACACGAUCAAUACAAAAACAAACAAACAAACAAACAAACAAAAAAUUUUUAUACAAACCUCAAGUGCGCAACUUUUCUUCCGGUUCCAUCAAGGAUUCAAAGACCACAGCUUUGCCAGUUCAAACUACGUCGAUUAUGAAAUUGGUACUGUUUCAAUUUAUUUGACGUUCAAGGCCCAGUUUACGAGGAGUGGAGCUAAGUUUACCCCCUAGCCUUCCUACUGUAGUUUAGAGUGGUCAAUUGAUAAUCGCAAUCCCAAUUGAUAAAGAAAGGUCAACGCGCUUGUUAAUAACGUAAAGAACCCAAAUUGGUGGCCAACUGAGCAAUGUUACUAUUGGUCGUAAACGCACUUUUGCUAGACUGCAAGACAUCCCGUAUCCAUUGCGUAGGUCAAGAACGCCGGUGUAGUCAAGCGAGAGUCCUGGAGCGUGGGUGAAAACCGAAUGUGAGACUGGGAAGAGAUACUAGAAAUAGUGGCUUGAGAGGCUUGCGCGCACUUCACGCCUUGAAAAGCCGAUUUCGAGAAAAAAGGUCUACAGUUUUGCUUGUGCAUGUGUCUUUUCUACGGCUGUAACGUGGGUUCUUGCUUUCGAAAUAAAAAUGUGGUUAUGGAAAGACUUCAGAGUGAAAACUGUUGACACUAAACCUGAACUUCCUUCGAGGCUAAUCCUGCCUAGACCAUUUACGUGCCAAAAAUCCCGACCCUUCUUAAAGGGUUACCCUAGCAAUUAGCAGGGUAACCCUCCCCCUAAUGUAACCCUACUUCUCAGGCAUACUAAAAUGGGAAACACAAAAGAGAAAGGAUACUAUUAUAGGAGGGUAACCCUCCUACCAUGUAUAACAGACCUCAAUGUUUCUUUUCCAUCACUUUAGGUCCGAGUUGUUCUGUACGAAAAUGGAAAUGAGGUCCUCUUUCUUAAGUUCAGUGCCAAUGGCACCAACAGAUUUAACUGGUUUUCUCAGGCAAAUCUAAUUUCUUCGCCUUGGAAUGAUCUUAAAAGAGCAACGAACCUCCGGCACUUUGAUAUCAUUGGAUCACACUCCAGAUCUUUUGAAAUUUCCGCUUCUUAUGGAGGCUGCGAUCAUGAUUUUGGUUGGCUUUCUAUCACUGCGGCUGACUGCAGCUGGGAAACUCGGGUUGUCAAACCUGCUCCCCAGUAUAGCAAGCAGACAUACAAGACAAAUGCCAAGGACUAUGGUAAGAAAAUAAGAGGUUUUGAUAGGAAGCCAGUGGUUUCGCCACGUAGUAAGUUAGCCCCGUAA